AGCGUAUGGUCAUGGAAUUGAGACCUGAAUAACUCUCAACUGCCUGCCUGCCUUCUCCCUACUUGUUAUUUUCAGUAAUUCAAUCUUUAGCACCGAAUCCAAUUCCUCUUUCUUCCCCAACAAUUUAGGGUUCCACAAAAAUCACUCUCCGAUUCGUGCGAUAAUAAUCUCUCCAAUCCCUACAAAACCAUGAAGCAGCAUUCCAAGAAGAAGAAGAAGCAACAGCCGGCACGCGCCUCCAAUCCCUCCGGCAACCACAAGGGGCAACAAGAUGAACAGCAAGAAACCAAAGCUGCGUUGGCGUUAAUGGAAGCUUUUGAUUCGAUCUCAUUAGAAGAAGUUUCCUCGGCUUGUAGAGAAGCCGACGGUGAUAUCUACAAAGCGGCUGGGAUAUUAUCCAACUUGAGCGACAGCGCGGACGAUCCGUCCACGAGUGGGUUAUCGAGUUCUGACUUGACUUCAACUUCGGGUUUUGGUUCGAGUUCUAGUAGUACCACUUCGCGUUCGGGCUCGUCGGAGGGGUACUUGGAGGCUGAUUUGGUAAAAAGAAAGGGCUUUCGAGGUAACAAUAAGCAGAAGAGAGCCGUGGCUGUUACGGGGACCGUUUCAACGCUUCUUGGAAAGGACUAUGUGAAGGCAAGCCCGGGGAGAUAUUCCGCCAAAGCAAAGAAGUUUGGUAAUGGUGCUGUGGCCAAGGAAGAGGCUGAGCAAUUCUUAUGUUCAAUGCUUAGUGAUGAUUCCGACCUUAGCAUGGCUGUUGUUAGAGAUGUCCUGUGUCAGUGUGGAUAUGAUGUUGAAAAGGCUUCUAAUGUCUUGCUUGAUUUAUCUGCUUCCUCCUAUGAGCAGUCUGGGAAUAGUAGAUACUUUAAUGAUACCAUGAUUCAUAAAGAAGAUAACACUUUCCUUGUUGAGCAUAAUGAUAAUAUGACAGAUAGGACAUCUGACUGUACUUCCAGUUCAGCUGAAAGUGAAGUUCAUGAAAGUAUAUGGGGUUAUGAUUGCAGGAAUUAUUCUCAGGUCCUUACUAGUUUUGAAGCUCCGUCAACCAGCCCAAGUGAUGAGUCAGAGCUCGCUCAAAAGGUGUUGGAAUCUUUGUUUAACAUCUCCAGAAGUUCUGAACAUGAACCAGGCACUAUGAAUUGGCGGAAUGUGGUCAAGAAAAUGCAGUCAUUGGGGCAUGGUAUCUGCCCACCUAGUGAUGCAGUUCCUCUACAAGAGACUUGUGCUAAGGGUGCUGAGUAUCAUCUAUUUAGAAAACCUGCUAAUCAGCAUUGGGAUUCAGUGAGAUCCUACUAUCAAAGAGCUACGAAAGCAUACUCUAAUGGAGAGCGGCAGGUUGCAGCUUAUCUUUCUGACCAGGGGAAAGUACAGACAAAAUUGGCUCGACAGGCAGAUGAAAGAGCAAGCCAGGAUAUAUUUAAAGCCAGAAACAAGGGCAUAGAAAAUGUAAUAACAAUUGAUUUGCAUGGGCAGCAUGUCAAACAAGCAAUGAAGCUAUUGAAGCUUCACCUUCUAUUUGGCACGUAUGUCCACUCAAUCCAAACUCUGAGAGUAAUCACAGGAUGUGGGAGUCAUGGCGUGGGAAAAUCGAAACUCAAACAAUCGAUUAUUGAACUUCUGGAAAUGGAAGGUGUUAGAUGGAGCGAAGAGAACCGAGGAACAGUGCUAAUUAAGCUUGAUGGAUUCAAAGAAUAUAGCUUUCUGGAUUCAAAUAGUGAUACUGAGUAACCCUACCUCAACUAAUCCAGCUUAUCCUGCAAGAUUUAUUGACACUUACUUUUCUUUUGGUCUUCUAGAAAACAGUCACUGCAGAGGCAUGGUUCAUUUACAGGAGACGACAGAUUUCAGAUGUUCAUAUUUAUGUAGAAACUUGUUUCAUUUAUCUAGUUUGGUCAAAGGCUUUAGCUAGAAAUAGCUGUUCCUAGAAUGAUCUGAUAGAUUAAGUGCCUCUUAACGAAUUUGUAUACACCUUGUAUCGAUGAUAACUAAUAUAUGGUCUCAGGAUAUACAGCUGCCUUUUGUAGGCUGACAGUACUCCCCUGGAUUAUCAUGUAAAAAAAGUUGUUUGAACUAUGUGUUUUACUGUUUAGUUUAGUUUAAUUUAGUGCUCGGCUUGGAUUGCAACUGCA